CAACCGUAUCUUUUUUCAGCUUUCUGACUGCGGUCACACUGGCUUUCGCAUUUCUUAAGUUUUGAUUUUGUUUUGUUUUUCGUCGCAAAUUUGUCAAUUUCUGUUACUGCAAGGGAUGACCACGUCUUUGAGCGACUGCAUUAGCAACUACAUCUAUCUGACCGCCAACGAGGAGUACACCAAGUGCUUGGAGAAGCUAUGUGAACGCUGCGCGCUAAAUGAAAAUCGCGUUUUGCUAAUCACCAACCGCAAGGGCAUCAGCAGCAGCAACAGCAAAUGUCUGAAAAUCUUCCAAUUGGCGGACAUUGAGAGCACUCCUUGCCGUCUGUUGGACCUCCAAGGAAGUUGCAGCGCAGAGAAUGAUACCUCAGCGCCGGAUCUAAUCGUCUUCGAUCUGCAUUCGCUUGUCUUGGAGGCCAUCCAGCGCCCGGUGAUGCAGCAGUGCUCCCCAGAUCAAAUGGUGCGUCAGAUUGCCAAGUGCGCCGCUGCCUUUGCCAAUUACAGGGAGUUGGUGGCCAAUAUGGAGCUACGUGGACAACGCAAGUCCCUCGACACGCUCGUUGUGAUGUCCCAGGACUCGUAUCCGAUGACACCGGCCCAGUUCAAGCUGCUCAUAGGUCUCUACUUCUACGGCAAUGAAUGCCACACAAUCUUCUCGAAGCUGGCGGGCAGGAUUUCGGUCUCGCAGGGAUGCGUCUAGCAACGGCACAGAGGUACUUGCUUAACCAGGUAUCAAAUAGUUCCUUUAUCUCAGAACUUGGCAUUACAAAGAGCUGUAAUAAUGCCUGGACAUUGAAGAUUAAUGUAUAAUCAAAAUUAUUUAUUUAAAAACGAAACCAGAGAGAGAAUGAGAGAGAUGUCAGAAGACUUCAAGGGAAAACUUUGAUUCAAUUACGACUAUUGAGUUCGAUAUCAAAGAAAAUGUCGAGUUUAGGCAUUAUAAUAUAUUAAUAUCAAAGGAGAAAGUAAUAUUAUGUUUAUUUAUACUCCCAAAACAGUAAAAACAGUCUCCUAGGCGUAUGAAUCUUGUAGUUGUAGCUAAAUUCAAGUUUAUCCAAAGCGAUAAAUUGUAUGUUUAGUAUAAUAACAUAACAAGCAAUUGGUUAUAAACAAUUAAAAACCAAGUUCUUAGUACAUAUUAUACUUUGAGUAUAAUAAUAUAAAUAACAACUUGAUUUAAUACCAAAAAAAAGCUGAAAGGACUUGCAAGAAAAUGAAUAGACUCAAAAGAACUUGAAAAACUCCGAUUUUCUUUGGAACAAAAUAUAAAUAUAUAAAUUAACACCACAUACAUGGCAUCCAUGCAAAAAAAUCAAGUUAUACGAAGCAAUUGAAUGCUCCUUCUUUAAGUAUUUACUAUUUAUUAUAAAUAGAAUUAAAGCUAACAAAAAAAUAUUAAUAAUACAUACACACAACAAUCGGAGAAUUAUCAAAAUGCAAAUUAAAAU